AUGUCCAAGUUCCUCGGCGAGCGCUCCCUUUCUAACAGAUUUCCAGAUCAGGAUGAGGUGAUAGACCUCGAUUCAGACGACGAGGAAGAUGUGAUGCCGACUUCGCAUGCUCCGUUCUCUCAGGCAACCCCUCCAGGUCCUUCUCAGCAGUCUCGAGGAUCCGUCAUCUCAUUGGAUGAUAUUGUCUAUCACUAUGUGAGCUCAGACGAUGAUAGCGAAGAAGAUGUGUUAGCAGGAAACCUACAGAGACUACUCAAUGAGCUCAGGGGCGAAUCAAACGAGCCGGCUGGCGUCGCAAAACAUCAGAGGAAUUCGGAAGAGGACGGCACACCAAAUAAGAGGAAGAAGACUGUGCAAGAGCCAGAAGCUUACAAGACGCCGCAAAGGAAAGCCGUAACAGCUCGUAAAGAGCAGGAAAAAGAGCAAAGGCGUAUUGAGAAGCAGCAGGAAAAGGAAGCCAAGGCGCUGGAAAGAGCACAAGCUCGAGCGAACAAGCAACGCGAGAAAGAAACGAACAAGCGUUACUUAGAAGCAAACAAGCUCAUUACAGAUAAGAAGAAGACGAUUACCGGCCUUACAGUUGAAGUUUCGGCUGCGCUCAUGCUUCAUCAAGUCUUCGGACCGUGUGUUCACUACUUCAAGAAUCGUCUAGGAGAAAACGGUGGUUCUCUACUGUGUUUCGAUCAUCAGUAUCCGUUUCCGCAUGUGAUGCGAUGGAGGCGUCGGGUUGAGAGAGAGUACGACGAGGAAGCACGCGAGUGGCAAGCCGUCGAGCUAUACGAGGCGUUAGAUCCCCUCUUCGCCAUCUUCUACACGGCGGAAGAAAUAUUUCAAUAUCCUACACCAGGGCAUAGAGCAAGCGUUGGAGAAUCAUCUUGGUCACGAGCACCCUCGAGGAUGAGAGACGACAGUUGGAUCCAAAUAAUGAAGAGCCGCUUGCAGGCAACCCAAGGGCAGGAACUCUUUGCCGCACUGCAAGCAUUUAGCAUGCAGGCCAGCAUUUACCAUCAAGUGCACGUUAUUCUAUGCGACGACAAGGACGACUUUAUUCAACGACUUCAUGACAUCUCUGCCGAUCAAGGUAUUAAGCCUUACAAACAUAUCAGACGCACGCAUUUACCCUAUGUCACCGAUAUCUCCAUCCCCACUGGCAUUAAUCACGCGGAAACCUACAAGCACAUGCUCAGCAAGAUUUACAAAUUCACGGAUCCGGUCGUUAACGCUGUCAUCGAAGCCAAACCGAGGUUGAAUCGCAUUAUGAGCGCGUAUGCUGAGAUUGGCGACCAGACGCAGCGAGAGCUCCUCUUUGAGUGCAACAUGGUCCAUCGCUACACCAAAGCUGGACAAGCAAGUCGCUCGAUGAAUAUCAACUUGUCGAAGCGGCUGCAUUUGACCAUGUAUGGUACAAACCCACUCGCCUUCGUAGGACCGGAUAACGCCGCGGAUAUGCAUCAUUAG